AUGUCCACCGAACAUCAACAUGCCUCUGUCGGUAUCGACAAGCAACCUGUCUCCGAGGAUAUCUCGGAGCAGCCAGAAACGCCUCAAAGCCAGACAUCCUCGGACGACAUCGACUCCGAGGACCACAGCGUGGCCAACAUCGAACGAAUCUACAGAAAACUGGACCGGCGCAUCAUCUCCGCAUUUUGGAUCCUCUACUUCCUCUGUUCAGCCAUCCGGUCCAACGUAGGCCUAGCACAGACAAUGAACACAGACACCGGCCAUGACCUGGGAAGCGUGCUCAACCUAAACCGACAACAGAUCUCAACUGGUCUCGCCCUCUUCUACGUCUGCUACGUGGUCUUCGACCUCCCCUCAAACCUAAUCAUGACCCGCCUAAGCCCCCACGUCUGGAUGAGCCGCAUCGUGAUCAGCGUAGGUUUAAUCGGAAGCUGUCUCGCCGCCAUGAAAGCAGCCUGGAGCUUCUAUCUCCUCCGCCUCCUCCUCGGUAUCGUCACAGCAGGCAUGUGGCCGGGGAUGACAUACUACCUAACACUAUUCUACCCGCCCUCACGCAUCGGCAAACGAAUCGGGCAAUACUUCACAGCCUCACAAGUCUCCGCCGCAGUCGUCGGGCUCGUCUCCGCCGGCUUCCAAAAAAUGGACGGCGCCCACGGCCUCGUCGGCUUCCAGUGGAUGUUCCUCGUCUACGGCGUCAUCACCGUCGCCCUGGGCUUCGCCCUGCUAUGGUGGUUACCAGACAGACCCACGCCGCCGGGCGAACCCGCGCCAAAACGCGCCCGGUUGAUGCGCUGGGUGCCGGCCACCGCGCCUGCGCUGAAGGGCGCCGAUGCGGUCGUGCAUUACCAUGAUCUGAAGCGUGUUUAUCACUCGAAUGCGUGGACGCUGCGGGAUCUGCUCGCGGUGUUUUUGGAUUGGAGAUUGUAUCCGCUGCUGGUUAUGUACUUUGGUGUUGUGGGUGUUGGUAUUGGCGUGCAGUUGUACGCGAACUUGAUUAUCAAGGCUAUCGACCCGACGCUGAGUGAUGUUUCUUUGAGUCUGUUGACGGCUCCGAUUUGGAUUAUGGACCUCAUCGCCAUCCUCCUAGUAACACCCCUCUCAGACCGCUUCCACCGCCACCGCGCAAUCUUCUUCUCAAUCCCCGUCCUCCUACAAAUCCUCGGCCUCCUCCUAACCACCUACGCGGGCACAGAAGCAAACCCAUGGCCGCGGUACGGCGGACUCCUAAUCGUCGGAUUCGGGCUCGGCCCAACAGUCCCGAUAACGAUGACCUGGACGACGGAGAUAUUCCAGCCUCGACACGGCGAGGUCGGCGUCGCUGCUGCGUCGGCUGUUGUCUCCGGACUCGGUAAUCUGGGUAGUAUUCUCACGACGUAUGCGCUGUAUUCCGGGUGGAAGAGUGACUACGAGGCGCCGGGCCGUGAGAAGUACAGGAAGAGUAACCUCGUCAUGAUUGGGAUUCUGGCGGGCAGUAUUCUCUCUGCGGCGUUGAUGGAGGCUUUGUUGCGUUUUGUUGAUGGGAGGUAUCGUGGUGAUGGGGCUGAUGGCGCGGUUGAUGGGGCGGGAGGCGGGAGGUGCGUCAGCGUGGUUUGCAUGGGUUGGGGGCUGGUGUUAGGCGUUGGUUGA